AGCGGGUCGAAGGGUGGAUGCUGUGCACCGUACACAUGCUGAAUGCUGAGGAGCUCAGGCCGACCGGCACAAGCGCUCCAAACACCGCGGGCGCUCGGCAUGUGUGGGCCGUAACAAAGUUGGGAUGAGGACUGCUGAGCGGCGUAACUAGUGACAUCUGGGAUCAUAAAUAUGGAGAAACAACCUACAUUACUGUCAUCGCAGCUUUUUCUGAAGCACAGGCAGGUGGAAGUUUUCCUGAAUCCCAGUGUUUUGGCGUGGAAGGUAGUUGAGAAAAGCAGAAACCGAAGCUCGGGGAUUUCUGACCCAGCAUACAGCCACACUGUUGAGGUGUGUGAAAUCGUGGCUGUCCACAAGACAGAAGACGGUGACCAUGGCGGCGCACAGAUCAUGACGCGUCAACAAAAGACAAAGCUGCUUUAUCCCUAUGCAUUCACAGUUUCCUACGUGAAAAGGACGCGGCAGCACCAGUGGCAGUGCAGCGAUGUCACCUUUCACUGUGCAAACCAGGCGCUCUGCGAGGAGUGGGUCCGAGUUGCAAACGAGCAGCUAUCAGUACUCACCAAUCGACCAAAGAGCCUCCUGGUAUACAUCAAUCCAUACGGAGGAAAGCGUCACGGGAAGCGUAUUUACGAGCAGAAGGUGGCGCCGAUGUUUCGCCUUGCCGGCAUCUCGACCAGUGUGAUUGUUACAGAGCGUGCCAAUCAUGCCAGAGACCACUUGAAAACAGAGGCCAAUCUCGAAAAAUAUGAUGGGGUGGUGUGUGUGGGUGGAGAUGGGAUGUUCAGUGAAGUCCUGCAUGGGCUGGUUGCCAGGACCCAAAAUGACCACGGUGUUGACCAGAACCAACUGGAUGCUGAGUUGGUGCCAUGUUCUCUGCGGAUAGGAAUCAUUCCUGCAGGGUCUACUGAUUGUAUCUGCUUUGCCACAGUGGGAACCAAUGAUCCAGUUACUUCUGCUUUACACAUCAUUGUGGGUGAUUCCCAGCCAAUGGAUGUGUGUUCUGUUCACCACAAUGACGUCUUACUCAGAUACUCCGUCUCAUUGCUUGGCUACGGCUUCUAUGGAGAUGUGCUCGCAAACAGUGAGAGGAACAGAUGGCUCGGUCCUGCUAGAUAUGACCUGGCAGGGGUGAAAACCUUCCUGAGCCACAGCUACUACGAGGGCACCAUCUCUUUCCUCCUCGCCGAGGACAAUACGGGGAACCCAAGGGACGAGCUGAAGUGUCGAUCCGGGUGCAGCAUCUGUCAGCACAAGCGCUCAUCAAAGGAUGUGCACGGCGAUGUGUCAGAGGAGAAGGAACAGCCUGGCAAAGAUGGCAGCAGUGGCUGGAAUGUGAUCCAUGGAAAGUUUAUUGCCAUUAACGCAGCCAACAUGAGCUGCGCUUGUCCCAGGAGUCCAAAAGGCCUGUCACCCUUCGCUCACCUCGCCGAUGGCAAUGCAGACCUGAUCCUGGUCAGGGAGUGUUCCCGCCUGGACUUCUUCAAACACCUUCUUCGUCACACCAACACAGACGACCAGUUUGACCACUCCUUUGUAGAGGUCCAUCGAGUGAGGAAGUUUCGCUUCCAGCCGCAGCGCCAAGAGCUGGUUUCACUGGAAGACCCGAGUGAACCUCCAACGAAGACUGGCUACAGCACCACUCUUGGCUGCUGGACCUGUGAUGGGGAGCUCCUGUCUGACGUUGCCAUUCAAGUCAGUGUCCAGUGCCAGUUGAUCAGGCUGUUUGCCCGUGGAAUCGAGGAGCAGCAGCAGUGUGUGUCAGGCAACCCUUGUACCCUGUGGCCCCUGGAGCCAAGCACAGACCAGUCAGUGGACUGAGAGGUGGACAGGAGAUUUAGCUGCUAGACAACAACUCAUUUGAACUUGGCAAAUGAGUUUCCUGGAAAAGUACAUUCAUCAGUUUAAAUCCCAAUUGCUGAUGUCUCCCUCCCAUCUAUGCAAAAGAAGAGAAUGAAAUUUAAAGAUGUGAUUUAAAAAAAUUAAAAGAUACAAAGCUACUUUAAAACUAUAUGGAUUUAAAUGUUCUGCCCAUUAAGAGGGCAGAACAUUUAAAUCUAAAAGACAGUUUCAUCAUGUUUUCAAGUUACUGAGGAUUGCAAAAAAAAGGAAAAAAAAAAAACAGCUAUCUCCUCUCUAACAUUUUGGACUUUUUAGGUGCAAAAUUGCCUCAUGGAACUUGAAAUAAGCUGAGAUAUGAUGUGCUACUGCUGGCACAUUCAGACCCAAAAUGUCAGGUUUUGUAUGUGUACUUUUUGGAAAAUUAAGAUGUGUAAGCUCAGAGGAUCUGAAGCAGCCCGGGAGUCCACACAUAUAAAGACAACCAGAUGAAACUGGACUUACCCAUCGCAGAAGGUCUUUAUGCUGCCAUGAAGGAGAAUAUAAAUGGGAUUUCUCCCUACACAGCAUGGACAGAGAGCCAAGGAGAUACAGCUCUGUAAGAAGCAUGACGAAUAAUCCCUGUGAAAUACAUUGAUAAACUGAAAAGACUUAAAGUAGCCGAGCUGAAAGGAAAACAACAAAUGAAAUCUGAUCUUUCCUUUUUUUGGGAAAAAAAAAAUCAUUUCAUCUGUGACCCAGGUGAAAGCAGAUAUGAGCCAGGGGCACUAAUGAAAAGAACUGAAUACCCUGCUAAUACACUAACAGGACCCCAGUGGCUGCUGGGUGAUAAGGCAAAGUGGUUGCUAAGUGAUUUGGUGUGUCUCAGCACCGCUGCGCUGCACCUGUGGCUCAGAGUUCUGCUCCUCUCUGGCUAAACUACCAACAGUUUAAUCAUCACCUGGGAUUAGCUAGAAUUAUGCAUUGUUAACAUUAUUAGACCUAAUGUAUUGCUUUGCUUUGAAAUUAGCCUCAUUUACGUCUUUUUUGAAAUAGAGGUCAAGCUGGUCUUGAUGUCAUGGGAGAAAGGCCCCCAGCAAAUAAACAGAAGCUUUUAUUUUUUUACAGUAACUCCAAUAAACUGUGUGCAUGGUAAUAAUAUGUGAGGGUGAGCUCCUGUAUGUGUUAUUGGUCAGUUUUCUGCAUUCCCUUUGGGGAUUUCAGUGUGUGAAGGUGCCAAUGUGAUGACUUAGCUGUCACUUAGGGCCUCAUGACUUGCAGAUGGUCUCUCACAACAAUAAAGAAGCUUCAGAUAGGAGUAGUUAUUAAGAUGUAGCGGAUUUGUAAUCACUAACCAGGUGAUAUUAAUUUUGUCCCCCAUUUUUGGAUGUGUUACAAUCAUUUCAACAAUGGAGGAUCACGUGAAUAAGGCCCCAGCCACACAUGACCUCGAGACUAGAGGCUAGUGACUCCCUGGCAACCACCAAUCACUAAGGAAAAAUGUGUAAUCCCUGGCCAGCUGGCAAAAACCUCCUUGCCAUUGCUUUGGUGGCUAGCAGAUUGCACAGUCAUGCAUAAUUUGCAUGGAACAUGCCAAUUUGUCUGCAAAUACUUGCCAACUAUUCUCCAAGUGAUAGUGAACCUGUGAAAAAUGUGAUGCAAACUGAAAACCUUUAGCCUUCAAAGUAAAAGUUGCACCUAUUUAAAUGUUUAGGCUGUAAACAUUUAAAUUUAAAUAGUCAAAGUUGUGUCCACCGAGGCACAACUUUGACUAUGAAGGCGAAUGUUCUCUGUUUCUGAUUUGCGCCACACAUUUUUAAGUUUUAAUACCGCUUGGCUAAUAGAAAGUUGGCAUCUCCCAUGUAAAGUAUGGGUAACUGCGGCAAUCUGCUAAAAUCACCAAAAUCACAUCACACAUCACUGGUUUCUUGUUGGUUAAACUGCUAAAUGUAGUUUUAAAAAACACAAACAAAAAAAGACCUGCUGUACACGAACUGGGAGAUGUGCUAUAUUAUUAUAUUAUUACAAAUGAGGACUUCUAUCUGUUGGCGUGCUUAGCUACCUCUUUUUCAUGGGUCUAGUUAGAUGACAACUGUUUAUCAGACUAUUGCUCUGUGUGCAUUACUGUCUGUGGGCACUGAAACUGGUUUUUAGUGGAACCCAUUAGUGAACCAUAAAGAUGUAACCUCAAAAUUGAAUUUUCAAUUCAUUUUGACUUGAAGUUUUAAUUUCUUUUACUGUCCAUACUUGAGUAAAGGCUAUACACAAAU